AUGGCUGAGGCUCAGUGGCUGACCUUUGAUGCGGACGAGGAGGGCAAGCUUACGUCAAGCGGGUGGAAGCGCCGGUACGGUAGGCUCGAGUUGUGGCGUUUCGACAACGAUUACUGGAGCCGGCCCGGCGGGAACCCGCACGUGAAUGACGAGGGGAAGUUGCGGAACGUCAGGUUGUACGGGUCGGACAAGGCCGCGCUCCACAAGGACAAGUGGGACGCCGAGCACGCCAUCUUCGACGCGAGGCAGCGGACCUCGGAGACGGCGGUCUAUGGGUACGGCGCGGGCGGCGCGCCCAACGACAGCCCGUCGCCGAAGGGCAUCCGCGAGCAGCUGCUGCUCGUCCUCUCGCGGCGCCUCGCCGAUCCCGCGACUUUGUCGACGCUCCCGCGGCUGGUCUCGGCCCUCCGCGGGCAACUCUGGGCGAAGUUCUCCGAGUACGUGGAGGAGCGCGUCGACAUUCUGGAGUGUCACUGGGCCUGCGACGACGCGCUCAUUGACGAGAUCCAAGCCAAGGUCAUGCGCGCGAACAUCGACAGCGAGUACGGCAAGAGCGUCGAUAACCCCGCGGAGUGGGAGCACUCGCUCGACUACUUCUGGGACUUCCACGGCCCGAACCCCAACCCGACGACCGGCUACCAGGCCGACUACUGA